UCUCCCCUUCAGCCUACGUUCAGCCAUGACGUCCAGCCUUCCUCUGCUCCUGCUGGUUCUGUGCAGUCUGGGUCUGGCCCAGUCCCAGCUCCAUAUCUUCAACCUGCGGGCCACUGGUCUUCCCUCCGGAUUACUGGGCACUACAGACGGCUACGUGAAGGUCUUCUGUGGCUCGGCAAACCUGGGAGAGACGUCUGUCCGCAACAACAACCCCAACCCCUGGUGGAGCGAGGAGUUCACCUACUUCAAGGCCCAGGAGAGGAACAUUCUGAGGUUCGAGGUUUUCGACAGUGACUACUUGUUCGACGACCAGCUGGGAGUCUGCCAGCGCCCCAUCAAGGCAGGGACCCAUGAGCACGACUGCUUCCUGAAGGAAGGUGGAACCUUUCACUACAGCUACACCCUGACCACCGGUGGCCAGUAGAUCUGCAGGAUCUACUGCCCCACAUCCAUGAUAAGUCCUUCAGUCGUUUAUGACUAGAUCUGAAAAGCCCCCAAACUCUUAACUUCAUGGCUAAAUGUUCCCCUGGUUUCCAACACUGCCCCUGUAUCUGUGCGUGAUGAAAUAAACGGGUGCAGCCAGA